UGCGAUACUUAUCUCGCACAUUCAGACUUCAUGAUAUAGGUCACUGGAUGUAGUUUAAGCAUUUUUGUUCUCUGAGGAUACUUUCUGGCGUUUAAAAAAAAAGUUUCGUCUUUAAUGUUUUAUUAUGAGUGAAGAUACAAAUAUGCAUUUUAUUAGAGACCGCAGCACCGUCGCGGUAUGACAGAGCUGCCGUACUUCUACCUGAAAGAAAUGACUGGAAGUUCGUGUGGAUAGAUAUAGGUAUAUAUAGGAUAGACAUAGAUAUAUAUCAAUAUUGUGGAGGAAAGUGAGAAACCACAAGGAAGAAAGCAAACAUGGAGACGUAUACAAUUCACGAUACGCUCAUCAAUUCCACUGAUAUUUAUGCAAUCUUAUGUGGACUGGGAAUCGGGAAUAUGUCAGAGUGCAAAAACGACAGUGACGGUGACGCCACAUUCGAACCGAAAGAUAUAAACCAGACGGUGCGAGUUGUGCUGUAUGUUGUCAUCUUCCUCCUGAGUGCCAUAGGUAACAGCCUCAUCAUCGCAGUGCUGUUGCGGAACCGUCGGAUGCGGACAGUGACCAAUCUGUUCCUGUUGUCUCUGGCCGUUAGUGAUCUCAUGCUUUGUCUCUUCUGCAUGCCCUUCACCCUCAUUCCCAACCUCAUGAAGGACUUCAUCUUCGGCAGUGGCAUGUGCAAAGUGGCCACAUAUUUCAUGGGUAUUUCAGUGAGCGUAUCCACGUUCAACCUUGUGGCUAUUUCUCUGGAACGCUACAGUGCCAUCUGUAACCCCUUAAAGUCCCGUACCUGGCAGACAAAGUCCCACGCCGCAAAAGUCAUCACAGCCACUUGGGUCGUAUCUUUUCUGCUCAUGUUGCCGUACCCGAUAGGCAGCACACUAGUGCCUUUCAUGCGCAGUAACAACAGCACUGGUAACAUGUGUCGCUUGGUUUGGAGCAGUGAUGUUAUGAAACCCUGGUAUGUCUUCCUGUUGCUGUCACUCUUUCUUGUGCCCGGGAUCAUAAUGAUGACAGCUUAUGGCCUCACCUCACUCGAACUUUAUGGAGGAAUCAAAUUUGAAAUGGCCAAUAGGAGGUCAAGCAGAGACAAUGCUAGUCUGAAACAUGGCGAAAGCGAUGGCUGCUACCAGGCCUCCAAGAGGAAGCGCUCGGACUCCUUGACUCCUGGCUCGAGCAAUACAAAAUCCAAACUCAGCAGGGUUUGCAGCAACAGCCCUACAGCAAACCUCGUGGCCAAGAAACGUGUCAUACGCAUGCUAUUAGUUAUCGUAGGGCUGUUCUUCCUCUGCUGGACGCCAGUCUUUGCCGUUAACGCCUGGCGGGCAUUCGACAGACAUUCAGCUGAUCGUCUCCUCUCGGGUGCACCAAUAUCCUUCAUCCACUUGCUCUCCUACACCUCUGCCUGCGUCAACCCCAUAGUCUACUGCUUUAUGAACAAGCGGUUCAGACAAGGUGUGCUGGCGACCUUCCCCUGCUGCAGGGCUGAUCGUGAUGUGAUGAGCAGGAGCAUCAGGGGCAGCAGCCGGCGCAGUGCUUGAGCUGCUGGAGGGCUGGGAACUUUGUUUGGAACAGUAGGAGGUGGACAGGCUAACGGGGCCACACAAACCUCUGGAACACUUGCCAGGUUGACCGAUACCAGUAUUCGAGGGUCUUCACAAGCAUAAUUAAAGAAAACAAUUGGCAAUGACCCUGAAUUUAAAGCCGUAAGAUGUUUUCAGCCUAGGAACCGAUUUUGGGUUGCAAGAACUUCUUUCGACAAGAACUUUAUUGUGGGUAAAGUCUGAAAAAUAUUAUAUCAGUACCAAAAUAUGAAUGAGAAAUGAGACAUUGCCAAGCUAAUUGAAAAAGUUUAGAACCUUUUUCAGAAAACGAAUGACCAGUUCCCUAGAUGAAGACAAAGACUUGAUGGUAACAAAUGAG